GCUAGUUACAAUUGUCUUGUUACCAAUGUAAAUAUAACCUAACAGUUAUUAAUAAUGUACAUGUAUCUAUGCAACAGAAACAAUGCGUAAAUAUAAACAAUUGCUAUUGGUAUUACUGUCCAUAGUAAGUUUAAGUCUGCUCCUAUUGUACAGACAUGAGUACAAUAAAUUGCACACAGUUCUGGAAGUGUUCAAUUUCUUUGGCCAGCCAUGUAACCUGACCGAUCUGCUGGAAUCGAAUCGAGUUGUGAACCAUUAUGACUGGGGUCCAAAUCCCAUUUGGACUGAAGAUGAGAAUAUACAAGUAUUCUCCAGCUUCUGGUCAAGCAAUGAGGUGAAGUCAAUUGUGGCAGUAUCAGAUAAAGUCAACCAUGCCAGAAGCUGUUUCCUUUGGUAUGAAGACCAAGAUGUACCUGUAGUCAGCAAAAUGAGGCUGACACAAAUACAAAAAGAUGAAGAUGCUGCGACAUCAGUUUAUUUCUAUCUGUGCUCUACAACUGAUAAGCGAGUGCCAUAUGCUGUAAGCUAUUCAAAGAACAAUAAAAGGAACCUGAAAAAACACCUCAUCAAAUCUGAUAGAAUAUCAGUUAACUUUAGUACAACAGUCUGUGUACCUCCAAGCAAUGACAUGAACAAAAGGAAGUUCUCUGAAUUCCUGAGUUUCCAUAAUCUCAUUGGAAUACAAACUUUUAUUGUCUACACAGAUUUACCUUACAGAUUUACAAAAUUCAUAGAAAAUUUCUCGAGCAGACUGAACAUUAACAUUACCUUCUAUCAAUGGAACUUUGGCAAUGAUUUGUCCACUUUGAGCAGUACAAUUGUAGAGAAUGAUUGCCUGCUGCGCACAAUGAACCAGUCCAGACACGUAAUAACGCUGAAAGUUAAUGAAUAUUUAGUGCCUUACACACACCUGCAUUUAGACCAAGUUCUAACUGAUUUUCCAAGUGAUCAACUCAAAGUUGCUGUUCAGAAGUUCUGCUUGAACUACGAGAAUCCGCAGCAACCAAUUGCCUUGCAGAAUUUGCAAUCUGUUCAAGAAGAAAAGACUGAAAGUAAAGUUAUUUAUAGGAAUAUUGUUAAGAAGAGCACUGAUGUAGUCAGUACACAGGGCAUCGAGAAGGCGUCAGUUUCGAUACACCGUUACGAAUAUUGCAAGGAAGGAGUUGAAAAGAUGUCCUAUGAUGACAGUAUUAAAAGAUUCGAGACGGACUUCAUGAGGGCAACAUUAGUGCAGCAAAUAAUGCGCAAACAGUUGUAAUUUUUAGGUUUUCAUUAAAUAAACAAAGAUUGUACU